AUGCAGUGCCGCCGCCGCCUCGCCCCCCUCCUCCGCGCGCCGCCGCCCAAAACCCUCCUCCCCCGCCUCCUCUCCCGCCUCGUCUCCUCCUUCUCCCCCUCCUCCCCGCCGCCCUCCAGCGGCGGCGGGGAUGAAGCCGGGGACGGCAGCGUCGCCGGGGUGGCGGUGAAGCAGGUGACGCGGGGGAACCUGGCGGAGGCGCUGGAGGAGCUGCGGGCGCGGGUGCGCGACGCCGCGUUCGUCGGGAUCGACCUGGAGAUGAGCGGCGUCACCAGCGCCCCGUGGCGGGACACCUUCGAGCUCGACCGCGCCGACGUCCGCUACCUCAAGCUCCGCGACUCCGCCAAGCGCUUCGCCGUGCUGCAGCUCGGCGUCUGCCCCUUCCGCUGGGACCCCGCCAAGUCCGCCUUCGUCGCCCAUCCGCAUAACUUUUUUAUCUUCCCUCGCAAGGAGCUCCCAUAUGACAGUUCAUCUCACGAAUUUCUCUGUCAGACCACUUCACUUGACUUCCUAGCAAAACACCAGUUUGAUUUCAACACGUGCUUCCAUGAAGGAAUAUCUUAUUUAUCCAGAGCACAAGAAGAAGAGGCUCUUCAGAAACUAAAUGUACUGCAUCAUGAUGGACUAUCUGCAUUUCCAAAUACUUCUAAACAGGAAGAAGAUGUGCAGUUAAAGAGUACUGCUGAUCUUCUUUUCUCAGAGAGAAUGAAGAUCAGAUUUAAUGAGUGGCGUGAUGCGAUAAGCACCAACCCCAGGGUGGAUAACCAUAAGUUAGGAAGCAAUAAAUUCACCACCAACCAAUUUCAGACAGUUUUCUUCAAAAUGCGCCCAGCUAUUAUGCUUGAUGGGUUUACAUCACAUCAAUUAAAAUUAAUUCAACAGAAAGAUGUGCAAGAAGAUCUACUCAGAAGCAGAAAAGUAAAAGUGGAAUCAGCAAUAGGAAUCCGCCAUGUCAUUGAUCUUAUUGCCUCAGAAAGAAAAUUGAUUGUUGGUCACAGUUGUUUCCUAGAUAUUGCACAAGUAUACUCCAAAUUUAUUGGGCCUCUUCCCUCAUCCAUUAAGGAUUUUGCCUUGGCUAUCAACAGAAUUUUCCCACAUGUUGUAGAUACUAGGCAUCUUAUGUCUGCCAGCGAUGCGGUUCAGCAUCUGAUGAGGCAGAAAAGCAAAGCACUUUCUUCAGCCUUCUCAUUAUUGUGCCCUGCAUUUCAUUCAACUGCUGGGGAAGCAUCUAUCCCGGCUCCUGUGAGAAUAGAAGUCGAGGCAGAUGAAACAAUGUUAUCAUGCUUUGCUUCAGGUGCUAAGCAUGAGGCAGGGUAUGAUGCAUUCAUGACUGGAUGUGUUUUUGCGCAGUUGUGUGCCCAUAUUGGCGUCAAAUUUGAAGACUUCACACCUAAGGAGAACCUAGAGAUGAAUAAGAAGCUGAAGAAGUAUAUCAAUCUUCUGCCCCCUAGCUUUAACAGCGGGACAGUGCUUGAUUUGCGUACUGGAAUGGAGAGACCAGAUGCAUGUUAUAAGCUUAGAUAUCCUGCUGCUGUGCAUGAUAACAUUGUUCUCAUCUGGGGAUUCCAAUCUGGGCUGAGCGCAAAGGAUAUAAAGGGCUGCAUCUGCAAAGUGUUCGGCCCAGCUUCAGUAACGACAGUCUUCUCAAUCGAUUCCACUGCUGUUCUCAUUCAGUUCAGUAAACAAGAGUCUGUAAAUGAUUUCUUGGAUCUGAAGGCUACGUUGGAGAAGCAAGAUAGUGCUAUUUCAGUCUUGCACCCUCUUUCAACUAUAUUAGAAGGAGGCCAAACACGAGCUGCAAACUAUGAUACCUACAGAGACAUCUGCAGCUCAUCUGUAACAAAGUAUUUCUUUGCUGAUCAAGCUAAUGCGGUCUGUUCGGCUUCAGAUACUGAGCUCAGAGGUGAGAACGUAGAUGCCAGUGAUGCACCGGGAACAAAUAGCGUUCUUGAUGAAACUGCGCGUACCUUGGUAAAGCAGGCAGAAGGAACCCAGCAUAGUUCCAAGAAGCAAGAUGCUACUGAUAUUUCAUGCCAAGACAUCUUGGAUGUGCUUCAAGAUGGCAAAACUUUGUUCGGCAAACAAACCAGGAGGACAUGA